GUUUCUCAUCCUUGCAAAAGACAUCACAUGUCAUCUCCUCAGUUCUGCCGGCUUUUCUGCAGAACCAGUCAGCCACAGCCAUGCAAGCAAAGUCUGGGCGUCAACGAGCGCGGACCACUCGCUCGAGAACCGGCUGUCGAACUUGUCGAGCCCGCCGGAUCAAAUGCGACGAGACGCCAGGGAAAUGCCAAAAUUGUACGAUAGCGGGCUGGCCCUGUGAGGGCUCGGAUCUCAACCGCUUACCGGGCAAAGCGACGUAUAGCGCCCAGGACGCGGCACUGUUGCCGUCGGUGGCGGCGCAGUUCCCUUGGACUAUCACAUCCGACGAGAAACGCUGCCUCUCCUUUCUCUGGCAUCAUCAGAUCCCCGACUCGGUGGUUGUGUCGGGGGUGUCCGACCUAUUCUCGCCGCAGAACCUUGUCGGCCAACUGAGCGCUGUCGAGCCGGCCGUCUACCAUGCCCUUGUAGCCCUAAGUGCCAUCAAUCACCAGGUGCAUGAAGCAGGGAUUGCAAUUCCCGGACAGUCGCUGCGUAGUAAAUGGCAUCACUUCGCCCUGGAGCAGUCGCUGCGCUCAUUUUCUCUUCUGAAGCACCGGCCUGCCUCCCAAGAUCCACGUCUUCGCCAAGUGAUUCUGAUCUGCUGCCUGCUUUUCGUGCUGACGGAGCUGGCGUCCGCCCGCUACGACGACGCCAACACGCACCUGCAAGCGGGGCUGAAGAUUCUGAACGAGAGGACGCUGUCUUCUUCACCCAUAGACCCAGCCCUCUCCGACGCCUUCCUCUACCUGGAAUCGCACCCAGCGUUUCACGGAGUCCACCGGCCCUUCCGCGACCUGGACACCCAAUUCGCCCGGCUCGAGACCUUCGAAGCCCAGCUGCAACCAUUUCGGGAUGUCGAGCACGCGCGUCGGGCCCUCAACCCUCUCGUGCCUACCAUCUUCCGCCUCCUGGAACAGUGCUGGAGCCUGUCCGAGACCGACCUCGCACGCCAAUACGGUGUCUUGCAGCCCAAACAACAGCGCCUGCUGUCCUGUCUCACCCAAGUCAGAUCCUACUUCGACGACUUCCUGACAACGGAUCCUUACUUCACCGACCGCGAGCGACGCUCGGCCGACGUGGUGCAACUGAGUCUGCAGACCUUCACUUUAACCCUGAAGACCUGUCUGCAGGGCCCGUGGGAUCCUGCAUUACACCCACUGUGCCCGGAGUUCGAGGAUCUGAUGACGAGGAGUGUAGCGCUGAACGUGCAAAUGGGGACGCGCCCGCAGUUUACCCCGGAUGGGAUCCUCUGUGCUGCCCUUAGUUUCCUGGCGCUGCGAUGUCCGGAUUACCGCAUCCGUCUGCAGGCUAUCGCUGCACUCCGGGCGUCUCCCCGCGCAGAGGGGUACUAUAACGGCCUAGUGGUGGCGGAAUUCGCCAUCAGUGGAUUGAAGCUCGAGUUGACCCAAUCCACGUCGGGAUCGAUCAAGCAAGAUACCGGGCAGCAACGGCUACGGUUCGAGAAAUCGCCAUGUCCUCGAGGCAGAACCGUGGAGGAGCUUCUCGGUCUGCAGCAGGAUGAGCACUUGCUGGGGUCAAUUGCGACCCUGCGAGGCGCCUCGGAUUGGCUGUCGAACCAGUCGGGCGGGCAGGUCCAGACGGAGUGCUCAGAAAUCGGUGGGCAUCGGGUCUGGUAUCUCAACAGGUCGAAACCUGAGAGGGUGACGCGGGAAGAGGGAGCCAGAUAGCGGCCGUGGAUGUAUAGGACUGACCACGGAACGGAGCCUCUCGUAGUGAUACAGUGAAUUCAGAUAGCGCUAAGGAUAUGUACAUGCUUCCAACGCAAACGUCUAAUCAGUCUUUUCUUCAUCGCGUCUAGAUUGCUACUUUUACGCCGACUUGGCAACCUCACCCUUGACCCAGGCCUCCAGACCGCCAGCGGCGAUGAUCGCCUGCACGUUGGCGGGCAGCUCGCCCACCGGCUCCGUCCAGCUCUCUCC